GAAAAGAAGAUUAAGAAUCAAGGCCACGCUCAAUGGUGACAGUGCAACAGCCUCUGUAGUUGAAAAUGGAAGCUCUGGCUCUGCCCAAUCCCAGUGAACUCUCUCCUCAUCUCCUAGGGUUUCUGGACCAUCGUUUGGGAACCCUUGAAGACCUUCUCACCGCCCCUAAUCUCGCCGUUGAACUCUCCAAAAGCUGUUCCGAUUUGGACGCCGAUCUCGCAGCCCUUCACCGGAACCUCAAAACCCUCAUUGUCUCAUGGACUCGCCGCUCGAUUGCGGCGAAAACCGCCGUUCUCAGGCUCAACUACCGGUUGCAGAACCUCGGAGUUUUGGCGUCCCUGAGCGACGUCGUUUUGGGCCAGGACCUCCCGCGUCUCUCCCGUGAACUGCUGCGAGUCGAGGCUGUUCGUGGGUACGCGGAGACUGCUCUGAGGUUGGAGGCGCUGAUUGGGGAUCUCGAGGACGUGAUUUUCUCAGAAAAUGUUGCGGGUACUGUGAAGCAGGAGAGAGUGAUCGGAGCUGUGAAGAUCGUCGCUGAUAUCGAUUUGGUAUUGGCAAACGUCGCUGAAUUUCAUCCUCGGUGGCGAAGGCUUCUGAAUUCAGUGGAUGAUAGAGUGGAGAAAGCUUUGAGCGUUCUCCGGACGAGAGUUGUUGCGAAUCAUAGAACUCUUCUUUCUUCAUUGGGAUGGCCGCCGAAGCUUUCGGUUUCGAAAAUCGAAAAUGGAGGAGUCUCGGCGAUUCCGAAUCCUCUGAUGCUGAUGAGAGGAGAGAAAAGGGAGAGUUAUUCUCAGAGCUUUGUGGCUCUCUGUGCUUUGCAGCAUGUGAGGGAAAAACGACGUCAUAGUGAUGAUCUGGGGUUCAAAGCAAAGCUUUGGGCCAUUGAUGAACUGGUAUCUCCUAUUGCAUCCAGAAGUGAGUACCAUUUCUCGAAGUGGGUUGAUCAACCCGAGUUUAUUUUCGCUCUUGUGCGUAAGAUUACAAGCGAUUUCGCUGUGGGUGUGGAAGAAGUCUUGCAGCCUCUGAUUGAUGAGGCUAGAUUGGUGGGUUGUAGUGCCAAAGAAGCUUGGGUGUCCGCAAUGGUGCAAAUGCUUUCUGGGUUUUUGGGACACAGAGUAUUCUCUGUUCUUGCUCAGAGGUACAAGGAGAAAGAGAAGAAAUUGGAGGUUGGGUCUUCUUGGCUUCAUUUGAUUGACCUGAUCGUUGCUUUCAAUAAACAAAUGCAAUCACUUGUAAAUUCAGAAAGUUAUCUUCUAGCAUCUGAGCUUGAUAGGUUUGAAGGGUUUUCAGGGGGUUUAUCUGUGUUGUCAAUAGUCUGUGAUAGGCUUGAUUGGCUUAAUAUUUGGGCCAAGAUUGAGCUCAGGGAUGCUUGGAAGAAACUAAAAGCAGAAUUGAAAGAUGACAGAGCUUGGUUAGUUGAAAGCAAGAAGGGAGUUGAUGUUCUUACUAACAAAGAAACCGAGCGAUUUCUUUUGUCUACUAGGGAAGACCAUAGGGCUCCGGUAAUUGCAGAAUCCGCUCUUAAAAUGGCCUGGGAAAUGAUUGAUCGAGGCCAAACCCUACCUGCCAUUUUACCACGAAUCCAGUUUAUCAGGUCCACUGCAGCCAGAUUUUUGUGGUACUUUCUCAAUGUACUGCUGUUGAGAUGGAAGGGAACAGACUUAUCUCCUGAGAAUCCUGAUGAUGAGACACUAAUGAGAGCCUGUGGAUUGAUCAAUGCUGCAGGAUAUUGUGAGUUUAAACUGCAGCAAUGGAGUGAUGAUGUGAACUUUUUGGAGAUGAAAAUGGCUGAGACAGAAUCAAAGAACCCUGUUAAAGACAACACUAAUGAUCAUAGUUGCUUCUUUGAUGAAGAAAUCAAGAGCUUGGAUGAGCUCGAGACUAAUUGGCUUAUGGAGAUAGUUGCUAAUCUUCUUCGCCAGUUUGAGUUGCUUUCCUGGGAAUACAUGGAAAACCUGAAACAUUUUGACCAAGAGCAAAACCGUUUUUGUCCAACUACAACUUCAGCAGCCAUGGAUUUGGCUAUAUCCCAUGAUCUUAUCGAGGCAUUGGAUGCUUUGAGGAGUCAGCUUCUUGUUAUAGAGAGGAGUCUCAAUACAAGAGACUUCUUGGAUCUAUGGAGGAGUAUUGCAGAGGGGCUCGACCAUUUUAUCUUUAGCAGCAUCUUUGGAAUUGAUAUUAGAUUCUCCGAAGAAGGUGUUAAUCAGAUUGGAGCUGAUAUGAGGGCAUUGUUCUCUGUUUUUCAGCCCUUUUGUGCCCGGCCUGAAGCAUUUUUCCCUUGUAUUAGAGAUUCUCUUAGGCUGCUAGAGAUGGAUAAGGGAGGGGUGAAGUAUUUGCAGGCAGUUUUGUCCAGUGAUGAAAAUAGAAUAAAAUGCUUGAGAUCUUGUGGUAUUUCACACGUAUCUUUUGAUCAAGUUGAGAAAAUUCUAAGGAAUAGAAAGUUUUGAAUUUGAUCUUAGUAGGAAACUAGGGAUUGUUCCUCUUUUCAAAGUUCAAUUCAUUAUUGCUCAAA